AUGAUCAGUGCCGAUCCCGACGAGCCUCUCCACGUGCUCGACCUUCCCCAGAUCUACAGCAAGCCUUCCGGCACCGACCUCCUACGAGCCUUAGACCUCCUAGCGAUUAAACCACGAAGCUUCGGUAUAAGCGGUAAAAACGAAGCAGUGAAGAGCCGAACCGUUCAGCCCGGGGGAAUCACUCGUUAUCUGACAUCCAUUAUCUCGAGCCCUCUCUCAUGGCUGGACACUGAUGAACUGCGUGAGGCCGUGUGGGAUGCUGCUGCUGCUCGAUUGAGCGAGCGGUCUGGGCGGACCGCCAUGCCAGCCAUGUCGCGGGUCUUCACAAUCCCCACAUCAUCGGACGAGGAGCUCACGCUGACCCUGCAUGAACCCUCGUUGACGGCCGACAACCUAGGUAUGAAAACCUGGGUCUCCUCAUACCUUCUUUCCCGCCGUCUUCACAAUCUCCUCGACAUCACACCACCGCUCGUCCCAUCAUCGUCAACCACGCCCAAACCCGACAGGACCCUUCGGGCCUUGGAGCUAGGGGCUGGAACUGGUCUGGUGGGCCUUUCCUUCGCCGCCCUCCGCGGCAGCUCAGCAACAAUUCACCUGACAGACCUACCGGAAAUCGUACCGAACCUCACCCACAACGCUGCCUUGAACGUAGAACUGCUCACGAGAACAGAGGGAUCAGUCACAACGGGGGUGCUGGAUUGGUCGGUUGCGCCGUCACCGCUGCCAACAAAGGAAGAGCAGUACGAUCUCAUCCUUGCUGCUGACCCGCUGUACUCACCAAAGCAUCCAAAAUGGUUGGUUGAGACUGUCGGUCACUGGCUCAGCCGGGGCCUAGAUGCACGGGUUGUCUUCGAAAUGCCACUGCGCGAUGCCUACCUGCCCCAGAUCCAGGAGCUCCGCCAGCGUAUGGCGCAGCUAGGAUUAGCGGUGGUAGAGGAGGGCGAGGAGAUUGGGUACGAUGACUGGGAGUCGGCCGAUGGGGGUGCACUUGAGGUUCGAUGCUGGUGGUCAGUUUGGGGGUGGAGUGAGAAGCUCUAA